CGAAACGUGGGUGAUUCCUCUCGAUUGUGUUGCACCUGUGUUCUGUUGGGCUGCUCGACGCGUACUGUUUUUUUUGACGAGAAUCAUACACAAUUAGCUACAGUACCACACAAAGUAUUACAAACAAACGUCGUAGCAGAGCCGACUGAUGUCAUAAUCCCCAGACUACAGGAUCGCGGAGAGAGAUACUGAGGCAUUCAUACAUAUAUAUGAUUUCCUAUUACUCGGUUCAAACUACAGCUGCUAGUGCGUGUUUGCGAUGAGAAGGAGAAGAGCGGAGAGUGACAUGUUUUUUCUUUGCCUUUGAUAAACAAGGCCACGACUGGAUGAUAAAGCGAUCUCUCGGUCAGUAGCAUGAUAUGGUUGGGCACCGUUGCCGUUGGAGAUCAAGACCUUUUUUCCGUUUUUCUCCUUCCGAAUCUGAAUUUUUUAUUUUUUAUGCGUUUUCAAGGUGGCUCCUCUCACUCUUUCUUGAUCAUCCAUCUUUAGAUCCUACGGAUAAUUAAGUCACAAUAAUGAGUAUUUGAUUCUUUAGAAACUCUUGAUGACAGACUUUAGAAUUAGAAGUUAGAUUUGAUUUAUUUUCAGAACAGUUUCCCUCUCUAGUGUGUGCGUUCUAUCUUAGUGCACGGUAAGUGAGGUUAAACAACCUACGGUCUAGUACAAUCAUCAGCAAUUAUUCUCUGAACAGUUUCUAAUUCUAUUUUUAUGACCGUAAUUGACACAACAAUUAGACAUACCUCUUGCCAGGCACAUCAGUCAAUCAAUCGAUUGCGCUCCUUGUGCUAUCUUUCGCCAGAGUUGCUUGCAGUAAGGUAGGCAGCCAAAUUUUAGCAUCGAGCGUAUCGCGCAGGUCUUUGAAACGUUUUUGUCUUUUUAUGAGCGUGCAUCCUGCUAUAUCUAAAUCUACCUCUUUUAUAUUUAUUCUCCGCCGCAGGUGGAAAGGGAGAAAAGUGCCUCUUAGAGGACAAACGCCCGCCCCUGGUGGGACAAGAUGCCGCCACCUCUGAGAGGGAGCGCGGGCAUUGCGCGCCUAGCCUUAGGCGGAACACAAUUAAUCGCCGCAGCGCUUUGCGAGAAGUGCGCCGCGAUUGGUGCGCAGCGAGCAUGGGGAAGCCUGGACGCAUGGGGCCCCUGCGUGCGUGUGCAUACUACGGAGAUUUUGGGAUAGAGCCCCCUGGCAUGGCUGACGGCUGUCCCACCUGUGACGCAAGAGAACGAAAAAGAGACGGCCAGCCCGGUGCGUCCUCUUCCAUUGCGUGCCGGGGCCUUCGCUUUUCUGAUGAGAUGAACUGCCAACGGCACAGCAGGAGAGGCGGCGCGCUGGCUUCUUUGGUCUUUGUCUUCUGUGUGUCCAAGGUGAGGAGAGCCCCACAGCCUCGGCAGGCUGGUGCCGCCUCGUUUUCUUCCAAAGAAAGCAAGACCAAAGGGCAAGGCCAUGGCGACGAAGCCGUGAGGAAAUUCGCCGGGCUGGUUGGCUGCCCGGGUGUGAUUGCUUUCUAGACCCUUGCCGCCUGGUGUGCGCGGCUUGGUUGCUCGCCUCGCCCUUGUCGGGAUCUGUCUGCCCCCCUUGUUCGCCUUCUUCUCCUUUUCGUUCUUCCCUCCUGACCUCGGUUGCGGUUGUUGUGAAGUGUUAACCCUAGCCACGGACCCGCGCACCGGUCGCCUGUGGGUGCUCAGCCCCAGGCUGGCAGACAACGCGCCAGCCUCGCACUUCUUGGCGUUGCUUCUUUUCUCGGGUCUGAUCGCUCGGCCCGGGCGGCUGGGUUGACUUGGGGACGCCCAAGGCGGACCUGGUCGCUUGGGGUUGUGCUUCUCUGACGAACACCGGCCGCCGGCUCCCCUGGUGGGGUAAUCUUGCGCCAGUCUGGAACAUGCGCGAGCGUGACGGUAAGGCCCCCGGCUUGGCCUCAAGUUCCCGCGGAGACUGAACACGGCCAAAGGCCUAUCGUGUUGAUGGGUCACCUUCUAUGCCUCCACUUCGUUCGUUCGUACUCUGUGCCGCUUGUCUUUCUCUAUUGUGACUCAUCUACCGACUUCGACUAGUUACGCAGACUUCUCUGGGAGGUGCUGGCAGGUCUAUUUAAAAUUGUCUAUAUAAUAAUUUUCAAUGUUUGUUUUUUUGUUUGCUAGUUAGGAGUGCUCCACCGAUAUCUAUAAAUAUAAUAAUUUUCAAUUGUCGCCUCCUCACCUCCUCAUCGACGCACCUCCUCAUCGACGUUAAGUUUUUUUUUUCAUGUAAUCCGCUUGUAGUACGCGGAAAUUAUGCCGUGGAUGCCGAAGCAUUGAAAAUACAGACACUCACACUCCCCCGCAAUCCAAUAGAAGAUCCCACAUAUUCUUGUGUCGAACAAACUAAAAAUUUACUGUCUAUCCCGAUACGGACACCCAAAGUAACAAGCGUUUCAAAAGACAACCUAGAUGAAGAUCAUUUUUGAUUUCACGUUUAUGGUUAUAUUUCAAUAUAAAGUAUAUAUCAAUCAGAGUCAGAGUUGUUGUUGUUUUGUUGUAACGCGUACUACACAAAGUCAAAGUGAAAGUUUAUCCACAUAUUAUUACUAAAGCACCACAAGAACGACCACAUCACUCAUCAUGGAUCGCUCCAACAUGCGCAACAUGACGGUCGCCGUCGCCGGCCGGCAGUUCAAUCCCCUAGAGCAAGACGAAUCUGUGCUGCGUAAAGGCGAGAGAUCGAACACCUUGCCCACCAGCUUUCGCCGUGGAGAUGUGGAAAUCAAGGCUGAGGACCUUAAAUUAAGGCUCACGCCAAUUGUUCAUUUAUAUUGGGUCAACAUCUUCAGGCUUCUUUGCUCCUAAGGUAAAAAAACUGAGAAAAUGAACUUGGGUGGGAAAUGAAUUCUUGCGAUUUCUAAUUCAAGAGCUCGAGCAGCGACAGCAAGCGCUCAAAGGUAAAUGAAUCAAGAUAAAACCUUCGACUUACGUUGAGUGGGCUUUCAGCAGGAUGUGGGGUCAAAGUUGAUCCUACCGAAAAAAAGAGCUUGGCUCUGUUUCUCUGCUUUAGCAAAAGCAGUAAUAAUGCUCUCAUUGUUCUGUUUUUCUUGGACCUCAUGCAACUGAGGUACGGUCGCACGCUACUCCUUCACUUCGAGAAAUAUAGCGAGAUUUACAUUCAUAAUCAAGACAGUUGAUGACUCAAAUUCAUGACUUAUGUCAAUGAUCUGAGCUAGCUGAGCUUGAAGCACGUGGUCGUGCCGCCAGUCAAGCCCAUCAACUAAUGAAUUGAUAAGAAUCUGCAGGUCGUCAGCGCCGAGGGUCGAUUACCUUGUCGAAGGUUGAAGAGAAGGAUAUGGGACAGUUCUGGGAAGACUGCGGGCAAAUUGAGCUUCAUAUUUAAGGUCUCCACAAAUCUCUCAAUUGGAAACGCGUGUAAGCAUAUUAGAGGGCAUUUUUUCUAGUAAUGGGAGGUUAAGAUCGAAGAUGCCGAUGCGUUUCAAGAUGAAUAUUAGUCUGCGGUCUAACAUUUGCAUGGUAAGCUGGGCUCCGAAAACAUUCCCGGUGCAGAGAGGGAAGCAGUUCUCUACAAGUUGAAGGUAAGCCGUCUAGGUCUACAACAAAUUGAAGUUACCUGUAGCUACACGUACGCGAAACCUUGAAUAAAAUAUCCGAGGACUUUUUAUGUUCAAAGCCCAAUCCAUCUGGGAACGGACUCGGCUUUAAUUUCUUCGGCUUCAGGUCCGCUCUCUUUCAAAUAGCUCUUGAAAUUGAAUAUUUGACAGCAUGUCCAUAUUGCGUACACUUUCUUUAUUAUAAACUCAGUAAACGUAAAGAAAAUGUAGAUAUGAUUGCUAUUUUUUGCAUCUGCUCUUUUACAGAUUAGGAUGCACCACGCAGGAAACACUUUUAGGUUACUCAGGCAAAAGCAACGUCACCGUCGUGAUCACUGUCGUCGGUCGUCAUCUACCACCUUAUUUGCACUCGAGGCUAAUCCUCUAAAAGAUCAGAAAUUUCGAUUCCGGAUUUCCUUACAUCACUCUCAUCAAGUUCACGUGUAGUCACACUCAUUCAUAUGCAAUAUUGCGCCAUAACUCAUUUCACAAUGCAGAACGUUCUGCGCGUGUUAGUUCCCCUUAGAAAAUUCGUUCUUUUCAUUCUUCAUCACUUCAUAUCUCUUCUUCAAUGUGUACUUAACAUCUUAACUUGUGUGUGAUAGUAAUAGCGCUGUAAUUUCUAGGUAUGAACGUCUCCUGGAUAUUGUUUAGUCUCCGGGAUAGUAUGUGUAAGACUAUGCGAGACUCGUGCCUUGCCAUAUAAUUUCGCUGACUUUCGCUUGUUAAUAUAAUUGAAUGAUACAAGAAAAGCAAAAGGAUUUGCUGUCUACUUUCAGGCCGACACGAAAAUUGACUAUAACAUAAUUCCUCUCCAUUCUUCUCCCAAACCCAAACCAACGCUCGCUCAUCUUAGGAACCAAAGCUCCUGCAGGAGAAGUUCAAGUUUAUCUACAGUUGCGUGAAGGGGUCCAAGGGCUACAACGAUAACUCACCGAACCAAGACAAUUUUUCGUACACGGUCUUCAAUGGGUGUUAAGGCGAUCAAAAAAAAUAUCAAUCUCCGUUAUACUAUAAUUUCUGGAUUUUCCACCAACUCACUGGGUCACCGUAGUACGUUCAAUGGCUUGACUUUCAAGUGAUAUAGAGUUUGUACUGACUAUAUUUCCUGCGAACAGAAUUCAAUCCUGUGCAUCGCCUUUCAUAGUGUGUUAUUGCAUUGGCCAUACUUUCUUCCAGCGACGUGCUUGUCUUUCAUUCAUAGGGGAGAGAUCCUGAAAAUAGAGGUAUAACUCACACAAUGACUGGACUAAAUCAGUGGAUGACGCUAAUUCUGGGAUAUUAUCAUCGUGAUGGACGGCCACGGUCCGUGCGGUCAUCGAGUCUCUGCGCGUUGCGUCGAAACUAUCGCUUACUAGUAUGACUGGUGGUGACGGCUGUUGAGCGUGUUUCAUAUCAUUUUGAUAGGUUCAAUCUGUCCACAACAGUUACUUGACAGGCGCUAUUCAUUCGGAGACCUAGUAAUGUGUAUUAGGCAUGAGCUGAUGUAUUUUACUUACUAAUCCGUGUUAGUGGGCCUUCCUUCAUCUUCAUCGGCGUGUGUCUGCCUUCGGACAACGCUUUCACUGCGCAAUCGGGUGGAUACACAAACACACGAGUCACCUAUAUAGUCGCCCACAGUAUUAGUUAUUGAAGUAUUUUCAUGUAUGAUAUAACUUUUGGGGUUAUCUUUACUAGCCUCCACAAGCUUCGCCCGGCUCCAAGUUUAGCACUUCUUCGACCACGGGCUACAGCUAGAGACAGCCCGCGGGCUGGGUAGUGCACCUCGAUUGAUUGACUAUGGCGAGACGGAGACUGGUGGCACUCACGUACUUAGCUACGUCCAUCCGUGGGAAGAUAAGCGGGCUGCAUUCGGUUUUUUAUUGGACUACCAGGGGGCCACGCAAAUUCUUCAGAAUUUACAAGACCCCGACGGCAGUCCAACAAAAAACUGGAAGAGAACCACCAGACACGCACAAGGACCCGCAGGGCCCAGCCGACGCCUAUAUAUAGCCGGCCUGCGGUGACAGGCAAGAGCGAGCGCAGGGGGAUCUUGACGGGCCAAGAAAAAACAACGCAUGGCAGCGCUGGGUCUCUCUACAUGCCACUGCUGAGGCUCUGUCUCUCCUUCUUCUUUCGUCGGUCAGAGAGGCGUCGCUCGCCGGAGGCAUGUCCGCCUUUCGGAAUCGGAAGACCGGGGUCUUUCGUCAGACCGACGCGCUUCGUCUGGCCGUCUAUCUCUCUUCUAUCGUCAGGCCGACGUCUUUCGUCAGGCUGAUGGCGUUUCGUGUCGUCGGUCGGAUGUCUUUCGUCAGUCUUCUCGCCCCAUCGUGCGCCCCUACCCCCCCGUCGGAAAUUUUUCCGGCUCCUUUUCUGGAAGUAUGCCCGGGUGCCUUCUCGUAAGUGUCCGCAACAAAGCGGUCAGACACUAUCGGAGCUGGAGGGGAUGGAGCCGGAGACCAUAGGCACGGGCAUCUAGGAAGAUGCGGACUAACGCUAAUCUCCGGCAGGGUAGGAAGGAAGUCUUGUGGCGGUGGUCAAUGGGGUGAUUGAUAAUGUAGGUUGCCAAUCUAUCUUUUGCGAUGUUUUAGGACUAUCAAUUAUACGAAUUAAUUUUUCACGACAACGAGAAUGAAACACCUCCACUCGUUUCUGAACAAGUUGUUUUAGGACAAGUAUCAUUUUCUAACGUCGCAUCUGUAAGAGUGCGAAAUGGGGCAAGGAUAUGAAGGGCUGCAUUAGGGAGGCUUUUGCGAAAAGCUCUGAAGAUUUGCUCGGCUACGCCAUUGAUCAGGAUAUAGACGUCCAAGCGAGUGGCUCCACAUGCGUCAUGUACAUGCAGAACGGUAACUCUUUUUUUCUUGUUCGUCUUACUGGUCAUUUCUCAUCUGCCAUGAUCUCUCAAAUCCCCAUGCAUGAGUCGGGCGAUAUUCUCUCUUCACGUUUUCCAUAUGGUCUUGUCAUUGUUGCGAAUUUUCUAGCUUUUACAAAUAAUCAUUCAAAUCUUGGGAAGACACCGUUCGCUCCAGGUGACACGUAUUACACGGCAAAUGUGGGCGAUUCGAGAGCAAUCAUCGGGUAUGAAAACGAAAAGGAUGUUGUUUUCGAGACUAUGGAUCAUAAGCCUAGCUCACCGGAAGAGAAAAAACGUAAAAUACAUUUUCAUCCAUUCAUUCACAUGUUUUUUGUUGCCUCUUUUUUUUUGGUACUCUGAGCAGUCUCCUGUGAGGCAGUGACCCUGGCCAACGGGGUGCGCGUCUGUUUCUUGCUAUGUAUCGUGUGGCAUAGCUGUUUUUCUCAUGAGACAGCGACGGACACGCGCACACGCUUACAGCCUACGCCCCUGCUCUUUAUUUUUCGCCGCCUUUGAAUUUGCGCGGAGCGCCGCUCGUCUCCGGCUGUUACACGAAGAAGAUAUCUUCGUCGCCCCUUCUGAUAUGUCUCACUCCAUCGCAAGGGGGCGGGCUGGUGCAGAUACGUGUGAGAUUGAUCCUAGUCAUGCAAAGCUUAGGUGAUCGAGUAAGGAUCGCAACAUGAAGCAGACACAUGACAUGACAUGUACAGCUAUAGCGGUUUCACUCUAUCAUUGAGAUUGUUUUUCUUGGUUCACUGGCCAACCGUCCCGAUCAUUUUUCCUUUCGUGCCCUCCAUCCGAAACAUUGCAACGUUAACAAUCUAACCCCUCCCCUUCCUCUACUUUACUUCGGACUGCCCCGUGAAUGGGUUAACUACUACUACUACUACUACUACUACUACUACUACUACUACUACUACUACUACUAUUCGCAACCAGGCAUCGAAGCAUCGGGCGGUGAAAUCCGAACCUUACGCUAUGACGACUUCUCGGUUGACCGCAUUUUCGUCAAAGGAUACGAUUACCCAGGACUGUGCAUGUCGAGAUCCUUCGGAGAUGAGUGCGUGAAGCCCUGUGGUGUCACCAGUGAACCGGAGAUAUCUGGGCCAACAAAGGUAAGUACUUAUUUUUCAUGAUUUUUAAUUUUCAACAUCGAAAUAUAACGUAAAUGAUUUCAUUGAAUUCUUGAUGAAAAACCAUUUUCUUGUAAGUAGAUGCUGCAGCUGCAGGUUGUUUUUCACUUGCUUCUGCCUAAUCCAUUGUCCGACUGCUUGCAUAGUGCAAAUCACGCUACGAUCAUGUAGCAAAUGCAAUGGACGCGCCUGUGACAAGGGCAUCUCCUGCUCUCUUUCGUCGAUUUGUGCUCGCAACAUUUCUUCUUUAUGCAUGCCCCCUACAAAAACCACCUUUCUUUUUUUAUAAAGGAGAAAAUUCAACUAAGGACUGCAAAAAUCCGGACAAAAUUCCAUCUUCUCGGGCAUGAUACGAAUCCGCAGAACACUCGCCGCCUACUGCGCUCCCUUCUGGAAAACCCUCACCCAAUUGCGAGCCAAGAACCUCGGGCGCCCUCCAAAUCCCCGCGCCCCUCCAGAAUCCCCCAGCAUACAUUUGCAGGCUGGUGCGGUGGACUCUGGAGGGGCGCGGGGAAUCACAUGAAACGAAACCAAAAGACAGAAAAACCAAGAGGAAGCAAGUUGCAAAAGCCGCUAAGCGGAGCACUUCCAGGACGAGGAGGCGACAAUAGUGACCGUUUUUGUGCAGUUCUUAGUUGACUUAGCGCCAUUCUAAUCAGCCAUCUGCGGAAGCACCAGAGGCACAGCGAGCACGCCACACCAUCGAAACUUAACAAAAAGAGGAGGCGCGAGCCCUUUGGAACUCAAGCGGCAACCGGUCCAGCCCUUCUUGAGAAAUGCCACGAAAUUGAAUAAACCUCUCUAUUGUUUGCCGCUUUCCUGCUCGCAAGGCCAUUUUUGGAAAAAAAUCUGAAGACAUCUUUUCACUUUUUUCAUCAAAAAUGGCCUAGCGAGCAGGAAAGCGGCAAACAAUAGAGAGGUUUAUUCAAUUCUGGCGAAACCCCCGCAAACUUCCCCGCUGAAAUACUUCAAAAGAGUGCGAACAACGCCAGCAAACCCCCCCGACAAUCUGCGCACAAACGGCGGCGCGCGUGAGUGGUCUGACCAUUUGAAGGCGGCAGCGCGUCGCUUCUCUUUGUAACUAAUCCCACCCGGCGCGAGAGCUUCGGGGCGCCGGGUGGUCAAAAGUCCAACACUUAACAACAUGAAAAGACCCAAGAACGAAGAACCUCGGGCGGAGUGUCUCAAACCUUUCCGAUUAUGGCGAAAAAUUCGACCACAGACAAGUGGAGUUAGAAUGGAGAAAAUUCAACUAAGGACUGCAAAAAUCCGGACAAAAUUCAAUCUUCUCGGGCAUGAUACGAAUCCGCAGAACACUCGCCGCCUACUGCGCUCCCUUCUGGAAAACCCUCACCCAAUUGCGAGCCAAGAACCUCGGGCGCCCUCCAAAUCCCCGCGCCCCUCCAGAAUCCCCCAGCAUACAUUUGCAGGCUGGUGCGGUGGACUCUGGAGGGGCGCGGGGAAUCACAUGAAACGAAACCAAAAGACAGAAAAACCAAGAGGAAGCAAGUUGCAAAAGCCGCUAAGCGGAGCACUUCCAGGACGAGGAGGCGACAAUAGUGACCGUUUUUGUGCAGUUCUUAGUUGACUUAGCGCCAUUCUAAUCAGCCAUCUGCGGAAGCACCAGAGGCACAGCGAGCACGCCACACCAUCGAAACUUAACAAAAAGAGGAGGCGCGAGCCCUUUGGAACUCAAGCGGCAACCGGUCCAGCCCUUCUUGAGAAAUGCCACGAAAUUGAAUAAACCUCUCUAUUGUUUGCCGCUUUCCUGCUCGCAAGGCCAUUUUUGGAAAAAAAUCUGAAGACAUCUUUUCACUUUUUUCAUCAAAAAUGGCCUAGCGAGCAGGAAAGCGGCAAACAAUAGAGAGGUUUAUUCAAUUCUGGCGAAACCCCCGCAAACUUCCCCGCUGAAAUACUUCAAAAGAGUGCGAACAACGCCAGCAAACCCCCCCGACAAUCUGCGCACAAACGGCGGCGCGCGUGAGUGGUCUGACCAUUUGAAGGCGGCAGCGCGUCGCUUCUCUUUGUAACUAAUCCCACCCGGCGCGAGAGCUUCGGGGCGCCGGGUGGUCAAAAGUCCAACACUUAACAACAUGAAAAGACCCAAGAACGAAGAACCUCGGGCGGAGUGUCUCAAACCUUUCCGAUUAUGGCGAAAAAUUCGACCACAGACAAGUGGAGUUAGAAUGGAGAAAAUUCAACUAAGGACUGCAAAAAUCCGGACAAAAUUCAAUCUUCUCGGGCAUGAUACGAAUCCGCAGAACACUCGCCGCCUACUGCGCUCCCUUCUGGAAAACCCUCACCCAAUUGCGAGCCAAGAACCUCGGGCGCCCUCCAAAUCCCCGCGCCCCUCCAGAAUCCCCCAGCAUACAUUUGCAGGCUGGUGCGGUGGACUCUGGAGGGGCGCGGGGAAUCACAUGAAACGAAACCAAAAGACAGAAAAACCAAGAGGAAGCAAGUUGCAAAAGCCGCUAAGCGGAGCACUUCCAGGACGAGGAGGCGACAAUAGUGACCGUUUUUGUGCAGUUCUUAGUUGACUUAGCGCCAUUCUAAUCAGCCAUCUGCGGAAGCACCAGAGGCACAGCGAGCACGCCACACCAUCGAAACUUAACAAAAAGAGGAGGCGCGAGCCCUUUGGAACUCAAGCGGCAACCGGUCCAGCCCUUCUUGAGAAAUGCCACGAAAUUGAAUAAACCUCUCUAUUGUUUGCCGCUUUCCUGCUCGCAAGGCCAUUUUUGGAAAAAAAUCUGAAGACAUCUUUUCACUUUUUUCAUCAAAAAUGGCCUAGCGAGCAGGAAAGCGGCAAACAAUAGAGAGGUUUAUUCAAUUCUGGCGAAACCCCCGCAAACUUCCCCGCUGAAAUACUUCAAAAGAGUGCGAACAACGCCAGCAAACCCCCCCGACAAUCUGCGCACAAACGGCGGCGCGCGUGAGUGGUCUGACCAUUUGAAGGCGGCAGCGCGUCGCUUCUCUUUGUAACUAAUCCCACCCGGCGCGAGAGCUUCGGGGCGCCGGGUGGUCAAAAGUCCAACACUUAACAACAUGAAAAGACCCAAGAACGAAGAACCUCGGGCGGAGUGUCUCAAACCUUUCCGAUUAUGGCGAAAAAUUCGACCACAGACAAGUGGAGUUAGAAUGGAGAAAAUUCAACUAAGGACUGCAAAAAUCCGGACAAAAUUCAAUCUUCUCGGGCAUGAUACGAAUCCGCAGAACACUCGCCGCCUACUGCGCUCCCUUCUGGAAAACCCUCACCCAAUUGCGAGCCAAGAACCUCGGGCGCCCUCCAAAUCCCCGCGCCCCUCCAGAAUCCCCCAGCAUACAUUUGCAGGCUGGUGCGGUGGACUCUGGAGGGGCGCGGGGAAUCACAUGAAACGAAACCAAAAGACAGAAAAACCAAGAGGAAGCAAGUUGCAAAAGCCGCUAAGCGGAGCACUUCCAGGACGAGGAGGCGACAAUAGUGACCGUUUUUGUGCAGUUCUUAGUUGACUUAGCGCCAUUCUAAUCAGCCAUCUGCGGAAGCACCAGAGGCACAGCGAGCACGCCACACCAUCGAAACUUAACAAAAAGAGGAGGCGCGAGCCCUUUGGAACUCAAGCGGCAACCGGUCCAGCCCUUCUUGAGAAAUGCCACGAAAUUGAAUAAACCUCUCUAUUGUUUGCCGCUUUCCUGCUCGCAAGGCCAUUUUUGGAAAAAAAUCUGAAGACAUCUUUUCACUUUUUUCAUCAAAAAUGGCCUAGCGAGCAGGAAAGCGGCAAACAAUAGAGAGGUUUAUUCAAUUCUGGCGAAACCCCCGCAAACUUCCCCGCUGAAAUACUUCAAAAGAGUGCGAACAACGCCAGCAAACCCCCCCGACAAUCUGCGCACAAACGGCGGCGCGCGUGAGUGGUCUGACCAUUUGAAGGCGGCAGCGCGUCGCUUCUCUUUGUAACUAAUCCCACCCGGCGCGAGAGCUUCGGGGCGCCGGGUGGUCAAAAGUCCAACACUUAACAACAUGAAAAGACCCAAGAACGAAGAACCUCGGGCGGAGUGUCUCAAACCUUUCCGAUUAUGGCGAAAAAUUCGACCACAGACAAGUGGAGUUAGAAUGGAGAAAAUUCAACUAAGGACUGCAAAAAUCCGGACAAAAUUCAAUCUUCUCGGGCAUGAUACGAAUCCGCAGAACACUCGCCGCCUACUGCGCUCCCUUCUGGAAAACCCUCACCCAAUUGCGAGCCAAGAACCUCGGGCGCCCUCCAAAUCCCCGCGCCCCUCCAGAAUCCCCCAGCAUACAUUUGCAGGCUGGUGCGGUGGACUCUGGAGGGGCGCGGGGACUCACAUGAAACGAAACCAAACGACAGAAAAACCAAGAGGAAACAAGUUACAAAAGUCGCUAAGCGGAGCACUUGCAAGACGAGGAGGCGACAAUAAAGACCGUUUUUGUGCAGUUCUUAGUUGACUUAACGCCAAACAAAAAUGCAUACUGAUCAUACUGAAAGAAAAACAUAAACUACAAACAUAAUAAUUUAACGAUCAAUGUUGAAUAAGUUGAUUUCGCUGCUGGCUAUGUUGUAGUCUCGAUUAUUUCUACUUCAAUCAUGGAAGGAUAGAGAUAUUGAUCACUAGUAGAGCUCUCGCUUCCGUUUUUGUAAUAUUUCUCCACUUCUAUCGCGAGCGAUAACCAAGUAACCUAUCUUCUAUCUCCGUCAUGUGCUUACUCAUCUGCCUUCGUACCUAUCUUCUUACCCAUCAUCUGCCGCCCUAUAGGCCUCAUGAUCGUCAUCUAUGAAUCGUUGUCCUCACCGCAAAUCUAUCAUGUCACCAGAUUGACUUAUCUCGCAAGCCGUUCCUUGUCAUUGCCUCGGAUGGGGUAUGGGAAUUCAUCGAGAGCGCCUGGUGCAUCAAAGCGAUUGUGAAGAAGCUGUCGCAAGAACCAGCAGAACGCAUCAUGCAAAAACUCUCUAAGGAAGCGCGUCGCCGUUGGAAACAGGAAGAUUAUGAGCACUAUCUCUCAUCUAUUACUAUUCUAGAUCCUUCACCCCCUUCUUCCCCCUUCCCUGUUGCUUUUUCUGAUGUGCCCCUGGGUUGGGUUUACUACUACUACUUCUACUCCUACUACUACCACUACUGCUGCUGCUGGGCUGUAAUUGAUUUUGGCAGGAGCUUACAUGUGAUGGCUCUGCUGGGUGACUGAUUCAUUGUGCCCCAUGAUCGCAUUUCGUCAUGACCAAUAAUCAUGACCAUUCUGAGUAGCGUCAUCAUCAUUAUCGUCGGCGAUUUACAGCCCUGUGCUGCUCUAAGAAUUAGGCGAAUACUGUGACGAUAUUACGGUGUGCUUUCUCCAGAUGGGACGGCACAUGUAGAAUGCGCUGCAGCUGCUAGGCGCCGGCGAACUGCUCAUAAUGAAUGUCUGUUGCACCAAACGAAACUAGCAGUUGUUUCUUCCAACAACUUUUAGCAGUAGAUUAUCUAUGAGUUGAUACAUCUACAUCUUCUUAGUUACUUAUUUUAUUAAGGGUAGCGAAAAGCCAGCUUCUCCAUUAAGUCUUACAAGGUUAGUGCUCCUGCUGACCGCAUCAUGAGUUCGACACUGCCGGAAAAACCAUCUUCGAAAGAACACAUCUUAGUAUACGUAGUGAAUGUAGUAAUAGUAAAACCCACUUGUUAGUAACAAUUAGGAAGACGUGCAUCAUAUUGUAUAACGAGGUGCAUGUUGAUCACAAUCAUAUUCAUUGAUAUUUGUUGUAGCUCCUGUAGACGCUAGAGUAUGAAGAUUUUUGCUCUCGUCAUGAUCUCUUGUAGUGCUAAGGCAAGGAGGGUUCAUUAGCAUCCUCACAGCAAGUAAUCAUUGUAUUCCAGUUUGAAUGUAUGUGUCUUGUCAUAGAAGAAGGAAUCCGUUCUCACGCCAAGUCGAACUCAAUCGUAGUCUUUCAAUUUUUGCAUGGUUUUGAAGUAAUGUCCGUAAUCAUCAAGAAGUUGUUGAUCCCGAAAAGUCUUGUCUAAGUAUCAGUAGUGGAAUAUAAGUAUUACUGGGCCGGAGUAGUUUAGCUUUAGAUUUUGUCGUCCCGUCGAAGACGCACAUAAAGCAUUACAAGUAUGAUGCACGUGCAUGUCAAUUUAUUCGUCCAUAGUUAGUUUUCGAUAGUCUACAACAGCGCACUGUUGCGCGGAUAGUUUCCGAGCAGUUUAUAUUUUCGCAUUCCGCUUUUCUCGUUCUAUUUGUAGAGCUUUUCAUUCUUUGUGAGGCGGAAGUGAUCACUCACCACUGCUCAGCGCAAUUGAAUAGCCUCUUUUUU